ACUUGUUGCCUGAAAAUGAUGAAAUCUGUUGCUCUUCUCAUGCUGCUACUUGGCUGUGUAGCUGCCCAGGGACCCAGACGGGAUGCUGAGUAUCCACCGCCAGCAAUUCUAAAAUUGGCCCAACACUUCCACGAUAUUUGUGCCCCAAAAACUGGUGUCACUGAUGCGGCCAUCAAGGAGUUCAGCGACGGAGAGAUACACGAGGACGAGAAUCUCAAGUGCUACAUGAACUGUCUCUUCCACGAGUUCGAAGUGGUCGAUGAUAAUGGCGAUGUACAUAUGGAGAAGCUAUUCAAUGCCGUUCCCUCGGAAAAGCUGCGCAACGUAUUGAUGGAGGCCUCCAAGGGUUGCAUCCAUCCGGAGGGCGACACCUUGUGCCACAAGGCCUGGUGGUUCCAUCAAUGCUGGAAGAAGGCUGAUCCUGUCCACUAUUUCUUGGUCUAAGAUGUAAAUGUCUUUGCAAUAUUUAUGUUUAUGUGAAUGUGUGUUUAUAUUAAGCUUAAUAAAUGGUUAAAGGUUCAUUUAAA